UGCAGAGGAGCCUACCCACACUAUCGUUCUCCCAAUCUUCCAACGAAAACCCGCAAAAAUGAAGAUCAUCUUCGCUCUCUCCGCCAUUCUUGGUCUCGCCAUGGCUUUCUGCUCCAAAGAUAACUGCUGCUUCAAAGACAACGUCGCUAGGGAUAAACACAACGGUGAUGCACUUUACUGCAGCGAUGCCGUCAGAAAGGAUUGUGAUGCAGACUGCUGCUCUACUAUCCCAAAGUUUACGCCGGGAAGAGUGACGAGGGCGUAUUAUUAUGGUAUUAGUUGUUGAAUGGAGACACGGUGACUGGGAUUGAUUCGGAGAGUGUCUACUAUGGUCGGCGAGCACGUGAAAGUGUUCAGCUCUGAACACAGAAGCUAUUGGCAGGAUGAGCCAUAAUUGGUUUUGUUUAUGGUAGAGAAGAUGAGGGAAGUUGACAGUGGAGAGCACGUAAUUUGAGGGACUAGAGUGUUAUCAUUGAGCGAUCUAUGCAAAUUGAUCGUUGCCAAAGCAUGACGAUCGUUUGAUGAGUGAAACUCGGUAUGGCGCCACUGUCAAUCAGAGGCACCAGACAAGGAGGGUUGUCUUUCAAAGCAUCUCCUUCAGAAGAUACCCAAUGCCGCCUUUCUGGCGUUUCUGAUUAUGCUUUGUGUG